AAUUUAGUAUUGAGUUUACUCGCUGGCAACGCCUUAAGCGCGAGAUAAAUUGGAAUCGCUGUUUUUCUUCUGCUCUACUUGAACAUUUUAGCAAACAACAAAAUGUCUGCAGAAGUUGAAUUUAAUAAUAAAAAGGAAAUCCAUCUACGCACAUUAAAGCAGUCUGGUCAUGUCGGCUUUGACAGUUUACCGGAUCAAUUGGUGAACAAGAGCGUGCAAGGCGGAUUUGUCUUUAACGUCAUGUGUAUAGGCGAGACGGGCCUGGGCAAAUCCACAUUGAUGGAUACCCUCUUCAACACCAGUUUCGAAUCCACGCCAAGCCCCCACACCUUGCCCAGCGUUAAAUUGAAGGCCCACACUUAUGAAUUGCAGGAGAGCAAUGUUCGCUUAAAGCUUACCAUUUGCGAUACGGUUGGCUAUGGCGAUCAAAUCAACAAGGACGAUUCAUUCAAAGCAGUGGUGGACUAUAUUGAUGCUCAAUUCGAGAAUUAUUUGCAAGAGGAGCUGAAGAUAAAGCGUUCAUUGGUCACCUGCCAUGAUAGUCGCAUUCAUAUCUGUUUGUAUUUCAUCUGUCCCACGGGUCAUGGGCUAAAAUCUCUGGAUUUGGUGUGCAUGAAGAAGUUGGACAGCAAGAUCAAUAUAAUACCGGUCAUAGCCAAAGCCGAUACCAUUUCUAAGAUGGAAUUGCAGCGUUUUAAGGCAAAGAUCAUUCAGGAACUGAAUAGUAAUGGGGUCCACAUCUAUCAAUUUCCAACCGAUGAUGAGACCGUGGCCGAGACCAACACCAGCAUGAAUUCGCACAUUCCAUUUGCCGUUGUGGGCAGCACCGAGUUCAUUAAGGUGGGCAACAAGUUGAUACGGGCUCGACAAUAUCCCUGGGGCACCGUGCAAGUGGAGAACGAGACCCAUUGCGAUUUCGUCAAGUUACGCGAAAUGCUGAUUCGCACCAAUAUGGAGGAUAUGAGGGAGAAAACUCAUACACGGCAUUAUGAAUUGUAUCGGCAGAAGCGACUUGAACAAAUGGGCUUUAGUGAUGUUGACAGCGAGAACAAACCGAUAUCAUUUCAACAAACAUUCGAGGCCAAGCGCUCCAAUCAUCUGGCCGAGCUGCAAUCUAAAGAGGAGGAGGUCCGCCAGAUGUUUGUUCAGCGGGUCAAAGAGAAGGAAGCCGAGCUAAAAGACAGUGAAAAGGACUUACAUGCUAAAUUCGAGAAAUUGAAACGAGAUCAUGCCGAGGAAAAGCGCAAGCUAGAAGAAUCUCGAAAAGCUCUCGAAGAGGACUAUUUAGAUUUUCAGAGACGCAAACAGCAAUUGGCCACGGCUCAUCAUACUCUGACACUGGGAAAGAACAAGAAGAAGUAAUCGAAGUCUAAUCGAUCGAAUUGUCGGUGUCUUUUUUCAAGUAUUUUCUGUGCUUAACCCAAAGUAAUUAUUGCUUUUUUCAUCUCGUUGUGUAUUUCAUUUUACUAUUAUUAAGUUUAUUUCAACUAUUGACAUAUAUACACACACAUAUACAUAUACAUAUAUAUAUGCAUAAACCACAUAUAUUUACAAAACUAACGAAUAAAUCGAACUUAGUAUUUUAAAACAUAA